UACUAACGUUGAUUACAACGGGAUUACAACGAGAAGAAAGACGAGAAACGAUUAAUGAUGUGCAGAUGAAAUCUUAAAAGACUUAACUGUGUAUUUACCUGCUGUGCAAUUCUGCAGGGAUUGCCUCAGGAAUAUUUGUAAUCUCUUAUUUCUAAAUCAUGUCAUCAGAAAAAUCCAAGAUGGAUUCCGAUGUGGAAUCAAAAGUUGCCCAAAACAGACAUAGUCAGUGGGUGAAGCUGAAUGUUGGUGGGACUGUGUUUUUGACGACGAGAACCACGCUAUGUAGAGACCCCAAAUCCUUCCUGUAUAGACUUAUACAAGACGAACCAGACCUUAACUCAGACAAGGAUGAGAAUGGUGCUUAUCUGAUUGACCGGGACCCUACCUACUUUGGUCCUGUCCUGAAUUACCUCCGACACGGAAAACUAGUGCUGAACAAGGACCUGGCUGAUGAAGGUGUGUUAGAGGAAGCGGAGUUCUACAACAUCACAGAUUUAAUCAAGCUCGUUAAAGACAAAAUCAAAGACAGGGAUGCCAAACAAAAUCAGUCCAGCACCAAAAGUGUGUAUCGUGUUCUACAGUGUUCAGAAGAGGAACUCACUCAGAUUGUGUCAGCCAUGUCUGAUGGCUGGAAGUUUGAACAGUUGGUGAACAUUGGAUCCCAGUAUAAUUAUGGAAGUGAAGAUCAUGCUGAAUUCCUUUGUGUGGUCUCUAAAGAAUGUCCCAAUAUUCUCAAUGGCCAGGAGUCAGAGCCCUCAGAGAAAGCCAAGGUGUUACAGCAGAAAGGAUCUCGGAUGUGAGACCACCAUGUUUAGUCACCUGUUAAUUUGUGGACAUCACAUGGACCAAUGCAUCAGACGGGGUCACAGGGCACCUGACCCCAGCCCUCUCCCCCCUUCUCCAGACACCCCCUCCCAUUGGUGCAAUAAUUACCAAAAUUUAUUCCAGAGUUCCUCCUUUAACCUCUGUUCAGGAAAUCUGUCCUAUUUUACUCUGUCAGAACUUAUAAUUUUAUGUGUGGGAUUUUUAAAGAUGUACAAUGCCCUGUGCAUUUUCUAACUCUUUGCUAAGCAUUGUAUAAUAUGAAGUAGAUUUAUCUCAAAGUUAUAUUUAUAAACCAAAGUUUAAUUGAACUCAAGGCUUGGAUGAUCUGAUCUUUGUUCUAAACAACAUUGUCUGGUGAAAAUUUUAUUAUGAGUUCUUUCAAUUCAAUAAGAACUGAAUUUUUCUUACAUUGCAGCAUCUGAUUUCAUUGAUUCUAUGUACUUAAGGUGUGGCUAUCAUUUAGGACUAAAGUAACGAACAUUCUGUUGUAGAUACAUAUAUUCACUUAUCCCAAUUAGAUAGUGCUAGGUGAUUCAGAAGUUUUCUCUGUAUGUAAUACAUGAAUUGUUGUCAGUAUAUGGUAUCUAUAAACUGUAGGUGUUAUGUGUGAUACAGUAUAUGCCAUUAUUUGUUAUCUAUAGACACCAUUGGUCCUAUUGUGCUUUUAUGACGAUUACUUGGCUUUGUAUGGAUUUUGAAGCCUUUUCAUGUAUUAUAUAUCUUUGAUAGAAACGCCUUUCAUUUAUUAUAGCUCUAUUUUACUUAUGUAGAAAUGGUUUAAGAACAUUUUGAACCUUUUUUAAAAAUGCACAAAGAAAGUUUAUUUUUUAACUUUGAAAGUUUUACCUUAUGACAGAUGUAUGGCUUGGAUAAAGUUUAGUUUAAUGAUCUGUAUGUGUUCUCUUGUAAAAACAAUUUGUAGUGUUAGAAUUUUUAGAACAUGGAGAAAUUGGCUGAAAAUUUCAUUUUUUAUGUACUGUUGAUCACUUAAUUUUCAUGACACCUUAUUUUCAUGAGAUAGUCAUUAACUCUUUCAUUUUCACAUAUAAUUUUAAGGAAUACUAAUAUAGGCAUGAAAUAAAUUUUUCACAAGCACACAAUUAUUUUGAAAACAAAGUUCUCACAAAUAAAAAGUGAUUUACAGUACAUUUAUUCUGUAAUUUAAAAAAGAAUUGUCAAAAUUUUCCAAGUAAAUGUACUUAUUUUGGCAUUCAUGUAGGUAUGAUUACAUUUAUGGAAAACUGUUCAUAAUUUGGACCAGAUACAGUUUCCAUUGCUGCCAUGAAAAUGAAACACUUUAAAAUGUCUAAAGGCUGGGAUCAUGUAUAAAGAGCACUAGCUGUUUCAAGUCAUACAAAUGAAAAAAUACCAAAGACUUGAUUUAGACAAGUUUUAUUUCAUAUUUAGGCUUAGCUUAAGAUAUGUUUGCAAAGCUUUGAAGGAAAUCAUAGGGAAAAGAAAACUGACCCAAGUCUAUUGAUAAAUUUCUUGCUGGUUCAUGAAAUUUAACAAUCAACAAAAAUGUUAGCAAGAUAAAUAGGAUUUUUAAUCAAUAUGAAGGAUCUAGUUACUUAAGAAGGAGAACAAGGUUUUUUGAUGCAGGUGUAAAAAUGUAAUCUCUUUUCUAUAAUUGUUUUUUUACACCAAUUUGAUUGUGUAUUGUUACGUGAUGUGGCCAUGUCCUCUGCUGUUGUGUGUGCCUUUUUUGACGACAUUAAGUCACUAUCAUCUCCAUAAUAAGUUUUCUCUACCUGUAUAAUUAACAUUUAUAUGGCAUACAAACCCACCUGAAGUAGAUCAGAACUUUUAUAACAGAUGGAAGCAUAAAAACAGACUGCGCUGUGGUUAAAUAUUCUGUGUCAUUACAUAUAUGUAAAUUAUUUCAUAUACAGUAUUUAUAAGUAUUAUCAAAGGUUGUAUAUUGAUAUUUAACUUAACACCAUAAUUAUGUGUUAGUAUAUUAUAAAAUUGGGAACUAUGCAAAUCCCAGACAUGGUGUAGAUUUGAAGCUUUUAAUGUUUUAUGAGGAUGAUGCUGGAUAUUGUGUUAUCCCCCUUUGUAUUUGAUGUCUGUGUUGCCUCCCUUUAAUUAGGCUAAAUCCCCCUUAAGACAGCUUUACUAGGACAUAGAAGCAUGUAAGCUAGGCUUCCUAUUGAUAUUGAGUGUUCAUCUGUACACAUGUUGCAUAGAAGUCCAGAUUAUGAACAAAAAUAUUGCAGAAAUUCUUGAAAACUGUGAAAGUUCUUAGCAGUGUUCUCAAUUUGAUCAAUUUUUAAAGUAUUGAUACCCUGAAAUGUGAGACUGAUGUACAGAUUUGAUUGGCAGCACACAUUUUUACCCCAUUGUGACAUGUGUAUAAAUGUCUGUAUGCAUAGAAAAUGACUUUGUAUUUUAUUGUAUCUGAGUAGCACACUGUAUUAUAUAUGAUAUCUAUACCUGACCAUUUGGAAAAACAUUCUGAUUAAAUUAUGAAUGUAUAUUUA